AUGGACAACGUCUGCGGAAAGGACCUUUUCUCGCCAGAUAUGGUCCCCCUCAACCAUGAUACGCCAAUCCGUGCUGACGGUGACACCCAAGCGGAGGACGACGGCAGAAAGGGCCUAUGCUCGCCAAAGAUGCUAUACGUCUCCACUUUUGCAACUCGGCUUUACAAAUUGUGGAUGAGCAUCCUCCUUCAGUCUGCCCUUACAGGAAGCGUGUCCCAAAGAAUGCAACAAUUGGCAGAGGUUGCGUUUUACUUUGUUCGGUUUGUCAUAGGUUCUUUGGAGGCAGCUGUUGUGGCCAAGAUGAAGCAUAUGCAUCUUUCAAGGUGUGUUGUAUUUGUGGGAAGAUUGGUGAGCACUGGUCUACAAUGUGCCCAAGUCCACUCCGCCAGGAGAAAGAUAUUUCUUUUAAUAAUGGCCUUCAUAGCUAUUAUCCGGGUAAUAAAGAAAGUUUGGCAUUUCAAUAUGAGGUCUGAGGUUUGCUUUGUUUUCGGGUUUGUGAGAACUUUUGUCAAUUGA